AUGAAGUCUAUGGUAGCGUUCCAAGCAGGACUUCUCGUCAGUGUCUUUAUUUUCGCACUCUAUCGGUUCUUGUCUGAGCAAGGUUCUGUUUUGGCAAUAUACAUGGCCCUUUGGUCCAUUUUUCACCUCUGUGAAUAUUAUGUGACACAGAAAUAUCUGCCACGGACGGCUACAGAAUGGCUGUUUUUGUUGUUCGGUGCUAGAGGUGCUGGAAAUCUAUUUAUGGUUCAUAUUGGUAGUAUAUUGGAGUAUGCAUUGACGCAGAAAUACUGGAGAUAUCAUGGAUACGUUCUGGUGGGUGUGCCCUUGGCACUUUCCGGAAUCGUUGUGCGGGCGUUGGCCAUUAAACAUUGUGGAAAUUCGUUUUCUCAUUACAUUGAGUCUGAAAGACCUCAGAAAUUGGUAACUAGCGGAAUCUAUGCCUGGUGCAGACACCCGAGCUAUCUCGGGUUCAUCUUGUAUGUGAUGGGGAUGCAAGUUCUUUUUGGAAAUAUCUUCAUUUACGUUAUGAGCAUGGUGAUUUUGUUUCGGUUCUUCAGUGAGAGGAUCGAGUUGGAGGAAAUUGUGCUAGUGAACAAUUUGUACGGUGAGGCAUAUGAGAAAUAUUCUGAGAAGGUAUCUGCGCUAGUUCCAUUUCUUUACUGA